AUGAGAAGUGGCAACCAGAGUUUCUUGGGGGAUUCCCCUAAGAACUUCAUCCUGCUGGGUGUUUCUGACAGGCCAUGGCUGGAGCUUCCUCUUUUUGUGGUCCUUCUAGUGUCCUACGUUCUGGCCAUGCUGGGCAACACUGCCAUCAUCUUGGUGUCUCGGCUAGAUGCCCAGCUCCAUAGCCGCAUGUACAUCUUCCUCAGCCACCUGUCCUUCCUGGACCUCUGCUAUACCACCACCAUGGUCCCACAGAUGCUGUUCAACAUGGGCAGCUCCAGGAAGACCAUCAGCUAUGGUGGCUGCACCGUGCAGUAUGCUAUCUUUCACUGGUUGGGCUGCACUGAGUGCAUCGUCUUAGCCACCAUGGCCCUGGACUGUUAUGUGGCCAUCUGUAAGCCCCUCCGGUAUGCUGUUAUCAUGCACUGCCCUUUCUGCCCGCAGCUCGUGGCCAUGGCCUGGGUCAGUGGCUUCUGCAACUCCCUAAUUCAGGUGGUCCUGACAGUGCAGUUGCCUUUCUGCGGGCAGCAGGUGCUAAACAACUUUUUCUGCGAGGUACCAGCCAUGAUCAAGCUGUCGUGUGCUGGCACGACUGUGAAUGAUGCUACCUUGGCUGUGCUCAUGGCCUUCUUUGUGCUAGCCCCCCUAGCUCUCAUCCUUCUCUCCUAUGGCUUCAUUGCCUGUGCGGUGCUCAGGAUCCAGUCCUCUAAGUGACGGCACAAGGCCUUUGGGACUUGUUCUUCCCGCCUGAUGGUGGUCUCCCUCUUCUACCUACCUGCCAUCUACAUGUAUCUGCAGCCGCCUUCCAGCUACUCCCGAGAGUUGGGAAAGUUUAUCUCCCUCUUCUAUUCCAUAAUCACCCCCACUCUCAAUCCCUUCACCUAUACCCUGAGGAAUAAGGAUGUGAAAGGAACCCUGAGAAGACUCCUGGAAAGGAUCUGGAGGAUCUGCAGAUGA